GGCUGGCCAUAUAUCAGCUUGGCUGACAAUUUCUUGGCUCAAGGGACAUCGUGUAAAUAAUACAGCAGCUUUUUUUGAGCCUUCCUGAGCCCACAGGGCACAAGGGCCCUUGAAGGAGUUGGGGCUAUGGGAAGUUGCUGCAGCUGCUGCAGAUCUUCAAAAGAGGAGGAGCAAGACCGAAAGUUCAAGAAAGGUGGCGACAAUGACCUUUCGAACGGUCCAAUCACAAAGCGAUCAUGCACAGACUGGUGGUGCUUGAUAGUCUUAUUGGCAGCAUGGGUGGCCUACAUUGUGGUGACAGUGGCAGGACUUCAAGAUGGAGCGCCUGCCAAGCUCUACCUGCCGCGAGACUAUAGUGGGGCCUAUUGCAACUUUGAAGACAACUGGAAUGGAGGGCCAAAUCUCGCGGGCUUUGAGUACCUCAGCUACACCAUGAAUGCAACUGCAACCACGGACGUGAUUGUAAAGCAACUACUUUGCUCUAGUGCGGUGAGUGACUUCUUUCAAACUUUCUAUGCCAGCAACCCCGCAACCUACCAAGAAUACCUUUGCGCAUGCUGCCUAUCACCUUGCGCAAAGUGUGAAGGAAGCUUCGAUGUUGGCGGUGACUUGACUUCGGGGAAUCUGGAAAGCACCAUGACCAACAAGCUGGGUGAACUGAAAGGAGCGGCUAACCCCUCCGGGCUUUUCACUGGCGGGGGUGCCAAUGGUGAUGUCUUCUCCAACAUGUGGAGCGAAGCUACCAAGUACUUCAACUUGGUGUGCCUACCCUCCUGCAACGUCAACUUCGAUUCCGUGAACAGCAGCACGGAUUCUGCCAUUCGAGAAUGGACGUAUACCAUGUCUGAUGACAGUGAUAUGAAGCCUUUCUGGGAAGAUUUGAAGAGUUCCGGGCCAACCUAUAUUCGGGACACCAUCACCAGUCAAUUCAAAUUCAAGGCGCUUCCUUUGUCUAUGUGCCCCUACAAUGAAUCCAAGUGCAUACCAUUUCCUGGUGUUGAGUUUUCUGAGCUGUACUAUGGCUACUGCAGCUUUUCCAUGAGUGCUGACGUGGUGAAUGCCAUGGGUACUGAAGCCACAAAAGUCCUGGAGAGCACUGGCCUGGCAUCCUUCCAAGAUAGCUCCACGGAGACUUUGGGGAAGUGGAUGGGUGAUUUCGAGAAAUCUUUGCCUGCAUACAUUCUUGUUGCCUUUCUGAGCUUUCUCGUUGGCUUCAUUUUCAUGGUGCUCCUUCGCUUUCUGAUCGGGCCCUGCGUGUGGUUUGCAGUGUUUCUGGUGCUCCUCAUGCUGGCAGUUGGCGGUGCUCUAUGUUGGGUGCGCAGCAAGCAGUGUGCAGGUGCUGGCUUGUUUGAAACCGGCCAGCAGGUUGCUGUUGCAGUUACGGUGACAGCCACAACUGCCGCUAGCCAAGCCAUCUCUGGACAGUCAGUGAGUGAAGAGAUGACGGGAGAUGGGGCGGACUAUCGAGGUGUGCAGGGCCGAACAAAGAACGGGCUUCUGUGCGAAAAGUGGGGAGAAGGCAAUGCCGCUGCCUACACCACAGCUGCAUACCCCAACUCAGGCCUGGACAACAAUUUCUGUCGCAAUCCUUACAAUCCCAGCGAUGUGAACAAAGCAGCGACCAUUUGGUGUUUCACCACUGAUACGAGCAUCAAGUGGCAAACUUGCACGCCGGUGGGAAUCAUUACUCCAGAAUGUACAGAUGGCUAUGCCAUCACAAACAAUGAAGUGAGAGUGGUUUUGGAAAUAUGCGGAUAUAUUCUUUGGGUUCUGGCCGGAAUCUAUGUAAUCCUUGUAUGCUGCCUCUUAGACAGGAUUCGCCUAGCUAUCGCAGUCAACAAGGUUGCGGCAAUCUUUGUCAAAGACACGCCAAGGAUCCUUUUGGUGCCUGCCAUCCAAGCACUCGUCGGAAUCCUUUGGAUAUUGGUGUGGGCGCUUUCUGCAAGCUUCUUGCUUUCUCAAGUUCCUGAUGGAUACACUCCGAAGGGUGCCUACCACACCUACGACGAGGCUGCUGGAACUGCAACGACACCUGGCGCAUGCACCGACAAAUGGCCGACCGGAAGCGUGUACAAGUCUGAGAGCUGUGAGCUUGUCAAUGGCACCUACGCAUGUUGGAGAUGCUCGCCUCCGCGUUAUGUCUUUGAUUGGCGAUUUGCAGUCUCUUUCUUCGUGUUCUUGUGGAACAAUGCCCUGAACAUUGCGAUUGGACAAUGCUUGAUUGCUGGAGCCGUGGGGGUAUGGUUCUUUACCAGCAAUUCUCAGAAAGGAACACGGCGAGUGAUUGCGCAAUCCACUUGGAAUGUCUUUCGCUACCAUUUGGGGUCUUUGGCAUUUGGUUCCUUUAUCAUUGCGGUGAUUCAGUUCAUCAGGGCUCUCAUGAAGUACUAUGAGAAGCAAGCCAAAGCAGUAAAGAACCGGGUGCUUGUUCUUGUCCUGAAAAUUUGUGGCUGCAUCAUCUGGUGCUUUGAAAAGUGCGUCAAGUUCCUGAACAAGAAUGCUUACAUCCAGAUUGCUUUGAUGGGAACCAACUUUUGCACAUCCGCUAAGAAAGCAUUCUUUUUGAUCUUGCGAAACAUGUUCCGGUUUGGAACUGUUGCGAUCCUUGGAGCCAUGAUCAAUGUUAUCGGAUUUCUUUUCAUCAUCGCUGUGAGUGUUGCACUGGGCUAUGUCAUCCUGACCGGGAUUUACCCUGAAGUUGCACCUGCUGUAAGCCUGGUCAUCUACGGCGUCACCGCUUACGUGGUUGCGAAGCUUUUCAUGAACGUCUUUGGCCUUGCAGUUGACACCACUUUGCAGUGCUUCCUCGCUUGUGAGGAAAUGGACCUUCAGGGUGACUUUGUACCCUCUUCCAUGGGCAGAUGGUUGGACAAGUCCAAGCCGAUAGGUGGUGAUGAGGAUGACGACUGAGCUCAACCGCUUUCUCAACUGCUUCCUCCUUUUGAGAAGGAGAAGGUUGUUCGAGUAAGCGCUUUUGUGAUGUACAUGCAUGCUGGGGUUGCCCCCUGGUAUUUCAAGUUGAGCGGGGUGUCCAAGUGCACUGGAACAUUAAAG